CUUUACUUUACGUUAUGCUAUCUACAUUCAUAUCUAAACCUACGCAACAGCGUAUAUUCAUAUCUUCAUCCAAACGCUAUUAUGCCACCAAUACCAUUGGUAUCCGACGUGAAGAUAAAAGCCGGUGGGAGCGUAGAUCCGCUUUAACACCAGACACAAUAAAGAAAUUGAUCAAGGAAACAGGUACACAAGUAUAUGUUCAACCCAGUACAAAGCGUAUCUUUACAAACGAGUCUUUUGAAAAGGUAGGAGCCAUUAUCACUGAGGACCUUUCAAGGGCAGACAUUAUACUUGGUAUUAAAGAAGUACCUGAAACUUCCUUGAUUGGAGACAAGACAUAUAUCUUCUUUUCGCAUACUCACAAGGGCAAUGUAAAGAAUAUGCCUAUGCUUCAAGCCAUUCUUGACAAGAACAUCCGUCUUUUAGAUUAUGAGCUCAUGAAGGAUGAAACAGGAAAACGAUUGGUAGCUUUUGGUAAAUUUGCAGGAAACGCCGGCAUGAUUGAUACCUUCCAUGGUAUGGGCCAUCGAUUCCUUGGGUUAGGCUAUAGUACACCUUUUAUGUAUACUUCAAUGGCACAUGCUUAUCCAACUCUCAAAGAAGCUAAAGCUGCUUUACAUCGAAUGGGAGAUGCUAUUACAGAGCAAGGAACACCUAAAGACUUUGGCCCUCUAGUUUAUGCCUUUACAGGAUCAGGCAAUGUUGCUCAGGGUGCUAUGGAAAUAUUUAAACAAGUUCCUCAUGAAUUUGUACCUCCAGAUGAUCUUGCCAAACUAGUCAAUGACAAGAAUCCAAGAUUAGACAGGCUGUAUGCGACUCAAUUAGAUGUCAAGGACUAUAUUGAACACAGAGACGGAAAGACACUGGUGCAUUAUGAUGAUUAUAUCACCCAUCCAGAUAACUAUCUAUCUAAUUUCCAUCAAAAGGUUGCACCUUAUGUCAAUUGUGUUGUCACUGGCGCUUAUUGGGAUAACAGAUACCCACGCUUAUUGACAAAUCAGCAAUUGAAAGAAAUUGAAAAACAAAAGCAAAACGGCUUGAUUAAGAAGGGCAAAAUGAUGACUUUGUCUGAUAUUGUGUGCGACAUUAGGGGUGCAUUCGAAUGCUUAUCACAUAGUACAAAUGUCGAUAAUGGAUUUUUUUAUUACGACGCGAUAAACGAUAAGGAACACGAUAAUGCUGAAGGAGAAGGAAUUCAAAUCAUGGGUAUUGAUAUUUUACCUGCUGAACUUCCCGUUGAAAGCAGUGAACAUUUUAGUCAAGCCCUCUAUCCCUUUAUCAAGGAAAUGGUUCACAACUCUUCUAAUCCACCACUUGAUCACCUAUCGCCUCUCUUGCGUAACGCGGUAAUUGCUGACAAAGGAAAUUUGACAAGCCCACAUCAAAGUUUAAAGGAAUUGUUGCCUUCUUCUUCAAAAAUUACUAAAAAUGGCAGCGAUAAAAAAACGGUCUUGUUAUUGGGUUCGGGCAUGGUUGCAGGCCCAUUGGUGGAACAUUUAGCUAAGCGUAACAAUGUCAACAUCGUAGUUGCAAGCAAUGUGGUUCAAGAAGCCAAAGCAUUGGUCGCUGGUCAUGCUAAUGCGGAAUCUGUUCCUCUAGAUAUCUCGAAUUAUACUGCUUUGACUAACCUUGUAAGCAAAGCCGAUGUCGUAGUAAGUCUCGUGCCUGCAUUUUUGCAUACACAAGUUGCCAAUGUCUGUAUAGAACAAAGAAAAGACAUGGUAACUGCAAGUUAUGUAUCAAACGAAAUGCAAGAGCUCGAAUCAAGAGCACAAAAAGCUGGUAUUUUGAUUAUGAAUGAAGUUGGUUUAGAUCCUGGUAUUGACCAUAUGUCUGCUAUGAAGAUUAUUGAUGAAGCUAAAAAGAAUGGAGCCAAGAUUCGUUCCUUCAUUUCUUGGUGCGGCGGUCUUCCUGCCCCUGAGGCUUCAAAUGUACCACUUGGAUACAAGUUUAGUUGGUCUCCACGCGGCGUGUUGACAGCCAGUGGGAACGAUGCUCUUUACUGGGCAAAUGGAAAGGAGCAUACAAUUUCUGGUAACAACUUGCUUAAAGAGCAUUUCCCUGUUGUACAAACUCCUUAUGCUGGAUUUGUAUUUGAGGGAUUGGCCAAUCGAAAUUCCUUGGGAUAUGCAGAUAUUUAUGGUCUUGGAGAAUUAUCGAAUAUGGACACCAUGUUCCGUGGUACACUUAGAUAUCAGGGUUAUUCCGAUCUUUUGUAUGCUUUCCGCAAAUUGGGCUUCUUAGAACAAUCAAAGUCUAUAGCUGAUUCAUGCAAGACUUGGUCCAAUUAUUUUGAUCUAGUGCUAUCAGGCAACACAGCACCCUUGUCUACAGAAGAAAAGUAUCAGUGCAUGAUAGAUAAGUUGGGCCUAUCCAAGGAUCACCCUAUGACUGAAAAGACUUGGUCUGCUAUUGAUUAUUUACUUUCCUCUGAUGAUGGAAAACUAAGCUCGUUGAAUGGAAACUCUGCUUUAGAUCUCUUUUCUACUCUUUUGGCAAGAAAGCUCAAAUACGAACAAGGAGAAAAAGAUAUGGUAGCUAUGCAUCAUGAAUUCGGUAUUGAACACCGUUCUGGUAAAAAGGAAACACUUACUUCUACAUUAAUCAAAUACGGUAAUGAGAAGCAUACAGCCAUGGCUGAUACAGUGGGACUACCUACUGCUAUGGCUGUAGAAUUAGUACUAGACCAAAAGAUACCUGAAAGAGGUGUCUUGCGACCUACACAGCCUCAUGUUUAUCUUCCUAUUCUUGAGCAACUUGAAUACAAGGGUAUUCAAUUUGUUGAGAAAUCUCAACCUUAUCAAUUUAAUCGUUUAGAAGCAACGGGUUCAAAUACGUGGUAAACAUGAGUUAUUAUUAGGAUAGUAAACGAUAUAUCAUUGAACUCCUU